UUAAAAUUAGGCGAGCUUUGGCUAAACAUUAAAAUGUUCCAUUUAAUUAUUUAAUUACUUUUAUUUUUAAUUUUUUGAAUUAUCUAAUUUUAAUAAUUUAAAUUAAUCUAAAAUUUACAUAAUUUUUUAUUUAGGUAAUUUUAAUUUUAUGUAAUUUUAAUAAUUGUAUUAUUUAAAUUAAAUAAAAAAUAUAAAAAUCAAAAUUAACGAAUAUGAGUUAAUUUGAUAAAUCUCCUCGAUGUUAUGACUCACAAGUGAAGUUACUCGAGGAACGUGAUCGUCUAAUAUUAUUCUAAAUUACUGAUUUCUAUUUGGAACGGAAGCCCUAAAACCCUAAAUAUCAUUCACGCACAUACGCACAGUGACGCACUCAUCUCGCUUCCGAACUCGGUUGCCAACUUGCCACCGCCGCACCGUCAGCCGGCGCCGCCGCCCUCCAGCCGCCCGCAGCAGUCAGCCAGUAGCACGCCACUGAAUCCCUCCAGUCGCAGGCCGCAGUAGCAGCUCAAGGUUGAAGCCGUUUCCCUCCGGCGCGCUCGACAGCCGUACCGCUGCCUCGCCGCCCGCUGUCGCACCGCCCUACCUUUCCUCUUAGCCCCUAUUUCCGCCCCUUCACGCACGGUUCUCUCUCUGUCUCUAUUUGUGUGUGUAUGUUUGGUUUCAAGAUACACAAGGAUAUGGGGAAGAAGAAAUUCUUUGAUAAAAAAAAAUCGGCCACAUUCCAGCUCAUGGCCAGGGACACAUCAGACCCGAAUUACUCAUCUGAUCCCUCAGGUGAUCGUGUUUUUGUCCGUGUAGACAACAAUGAGUAUAUACCUACCUCAAUGGAAGACGAUCCUGACUCGAUUUAUGCUGAUGCCCCUGAUGAUUGUGAUGAUGAGGAUCCAUAUGGUGGCUUUGGAGAAGUGGUCGACCAUAAAUCUAAAUCUACGGCUUUGCCUGAUCACAUACGAAGAGAGAUUCUGGAGCUAGGGUUUCCAGACGAUGGGUACAAUUAUUUGACCCAUAUGCGGGAGAUCAAGAACACAGGCGGCGGUUCAACAUACUUUAAUAAUCCCAAGGCUGAUGUUCAUCAGCUUCCGCAAGAUGUUAAGGCCUAUGAUGCUUCAAGGGUUGAGGUUUCCAGUAUGAAUGAUGCCGUUGAGAAAUCUAUAUACAGUGUGGCAUCAAAGACUGUUGAUGUGAGAUUACAUAAAGUGCUGGAUCCCGAAAUUGCGGCAUUGUUGGAUGACCGUAACUCUUCGACCUUUGGGUCUGAUGUUGAGGACUUGGAAGAAGAUUUUGUUGUCAAAGCGAAUAUUUUCGAAGGAAGUGUUGAUCAAGAAGUUGAUCAGGAGUUUUUUGGUGAAGAACUUAAUGAGAAGUUGAGUUUUGCUGCAGGCUCAAGGAUUGAUCACCUAGGGGGUCAGGGCCCCACUGUAACUGGCUCAACAGAGAAUAGGUCUUCUUCAUGCUUAGGUAAUGAGAAGCCUAGAAUUCGUCGUCCACUUGAUGAGCAGUUUGACAUGCUUGAGCUCCAAGAAUAUGGUGCUGACAACGAAGAAGAAUUUAUGGGCUACAUGGAUGAGGAAGAUUGCCAAGAGUCCCUUAAAGAAAAGCUGAAUAAUGCUCUCAAGGAUCAUCCAUCGAAUGUCUUGCAUGAAAAGAAUGAAGUAGUUGAUGAUGAACCCCCUGAGUUAACUGCUGAAGUGAUUCGCCGAUGCAGAGAAUAUGCCGAAAAGUUUGAAGAUCAAGAUGAUCAAGAAGUAGUGCUAGUUGAAGAAAGCAGCGAUGAAUUAGAAGUUUGGGAUUGUGAGACUAUAGUAACUACAUAUUCAACACUUGACAAUCAUCCUGGUAAAAUAGAAGCUCCAGAAGCGAGGAGGAAGAAGAAGAUGGCUGAGGCAUUAUCUGGAUCUUCAACUGGCACCAACCAAGUGAUCACACUUAAAGGGAGAGAGAGACUUCCUAUAGACUUUUUGCCUUCUAAUAGAAAAAGAGUUGAAGAGAAGACAAAAGAUGAGAAAGAUGUGAAUAAUAAGAAAGGUGAUCUACAACAAAAGAAGCCACGGGCACUGGAAUCAAAGGAGGAAAAGAAAGAGAGGAAGUCUGCUGUGAAAUUAGAACGACGCGAGGCACGCCAAUUGAAAAAGGAAAUGAAAGAGGUUUAUAAGUUUGAGGCUCAUCGUGCUCAGAAAGUCGCUGCUUUCACUGGUCCCUCAUCGAUUCAUCUCAUGUGAGUGUAUCGCCACUGGAUUUACAUGCAAAUACAAGGUAACUUUCUGAGACAAUUCUGAAUUGCAUGGUCGCUGCUUCAGGAGGGUCUGGGUGGAGUUGGAUAAUGAAAUUAUAAUUCUAAUGCACUCUACAGCUAGUUGAGCCUUGUAAACUGUGUUGUUUGGCGAUUAGAUAUUGACAGUGUGCUUGUAUUAUUUAUUAUAUAUAUAUGAUAAAAGGUACGAGUUUUGCAA